GGUUGAGAGAUCACCUGGAGAUUCUUAAAGUCUGUUCACCCGAGCUCUCAAACCAGCAGGGAUCCAACUCCAUCUAAACCUUGGUCUGAUUGCCUUUGAAGAAAAAUGAGCUCAAUGGAGGAAGAAGCCACUUUAAGAUUUUUUCAGUACAUCGAAGAUAGUGGACUGAAGGCCUACGAUGGUUUGGUUAUCCAGAACGCCUCAGACAUUGCUCGUGAGAGUGACCGGGUGAGGAACGAGACCAACUGGGCCUACCUUCAGGAGAAAAAUGAAAAGAAAAGAAGACAGGAGGAAGCCAUAAAAAGGAUCGGUGAUGAUGUGGUGCGGGCAUCAGAUGGUGGCUAUGCUGGGAAGCACUUCCGCAUGGGGUUUAUGACCAUGCCGGCACCCCAGGACCGACUGCCCCUUGCUUGUGGGUCUGGCUUUUCCGUACGGUCCCAGUCCCUGCACUCUGUCGGGGGUGGAGACGAGGACGGCAGCCCAAACUCCCGCAAACAGCCCCCACCCAAACCCAAGAGAGACCCCAACACUAAGCUCAGCAUCUCCUCAGAGACAGUGAACACAGGGUCAUCGUCAGGUAGAGCCACGAAGGACCUAGAAAAGACAGAGGCUUCUUCUAAGUCCCGACUCUGCAGUGACGAUUACAAAAGGGUCCCACCCCCCAAGCCCAAGAGAAACCCAAACACCCAGUUGAGUACGUCAUUUGAUGAGUCGUACAUCAGGAACCACGCAAGCAGCAAGCCGUCCAAGAAGGAGACACCUUUGUCUCAGAGCCCUGCCUGUGACUCUGACUUGGACGAGCCCGUCUACAUAGAGAUGGUGGGCAACGUCCUUCGAGACCUCCAGCGCGAUGAGGAGGACCAAAGUGAGGCUGUGUAUGAGGAGAUGAAGUACCCUAUUUUUGAUGACCUUAGCCAGGACUCCAAGUGGGAACACAUCAGCUGUUCAUCGCAGUGCCCCACACCUACGAUUCCCGACAUGGAGCUAACGCGGGCAGCCACGCCUCGCGGCUCUCUGUGUGACAUCCCUGCCCCCUUCCCAAAUCUACUGUCCCACCGACCCCCUCUGCUGGUCUUCCCUCCAGCCCCUGCACAGUGCUCCCCCAACUCGGAUGAGUCGCCCCUAACCCCACUAGAGGUCACCAAGCUGCCUGUGUUAGAGAACGUGUCCUAUAUCAAGUCAGGAGCAUCCCCAACCUCUGCUGAGUCCCAGCCGGCUUCCCAUAGGCGGGCGGAGAAGGAGCUUCCCGCGACACACACCAUCACAGUCUCAGGCCGCUCCUCAGCACCACCCCUACCCUCUAGCCUCUACAAGUCAUCUGCUUCCGCCCACGGGUACCCUCGCAGCCACUCGGCAUGCCCCUCCCCUGUCAGCAUGGGGCGCUCGCUCACGCCGCUUAGCCUGAAGCGGCCACCACCCUAUGACUCACUGGCAACGGGGACCAUGCCUCGCAGUGCGUCCGCUGUGCCUCACUCUGUCAAGACCGCAUCUCAGGAAGGGGCCAAGCUGUCCAACUCAUCUAGUACCCAUGGGUCUAUGCAGAACGUGUCACGUUCACGCACACCCACCAGCCCGCUGGAUGAGCUCUCCAAUCUCUUCACCACUGGGCGGAGCCUGCUGAGAAAAUCCUCCAGUGGCAGGAAAUCCAAAGAGCCUACAGAGAGUGAAGCUAAGAGCAGGAGCCAUAGCACGGAGCUGCAGCCCAAACCCGACACCAAGGACCGGGGGGCUCACCAUAGUGGCACCAGGGACUCCCCGAAGGCACAUGAACGGGAUGGAGGAUCAGGACAAUCGGCCAACACGACACCCAGCAGAAUGGGGGGCUCUUCUGUCAGCCCCACUGCCAUGCUGGGGAGCAGUGGCUCAGAAGCCAAGGCGGUGUCCAAGGUGGGCCGGUCGGCGUCCACAUCAGGCAUGCCCCUAGCCCUGGGGACCCCCCAGCGGCAGGCAUCAGAACCACAGCAGAGCCAGCAGGUGGCGCCCUUACCAUGGGUGUGUGGGGACAACACCAUGAUGGAGAUGAUAGAGAAGAAGCGCAUUCUGUGCAGAGAGAUCAAGGCCCGCCAGCGGCUGGACAAGGGCCUGUGCAAGCAGGAGAGCAUGCCCAUCCUGCCCAGCUGGAAGAAGAGCAACGGCACCAAGAAGUGCAGCCCGCCGCCCUACUCCACCCACACGACCGUCUUCUGGGACACUGCCAUCUGAGAUGCAGCCCCAUCCCCACCCUCACCCGCAACCCCACCUGUCAGAGCC